AUGACUUUUCCAAAGCCUGACAGCGGUCCCCGGGACCUGAACCUUGACCAUAUAAGGACACAGUUCCUCGACCACCUCACCACGGAUGAUAGGAAUGCUUUCGAUAAUCACAUCAUCGAUACUCCGGGCGGCCUGAACAAGUACACCAUGCGGCUCAUGAACACGUUUCAGGGCAAAAAAAAGACUGGAGACCUGACGCAGAAGAUGGUAGCGAAACUGACUAUGGCCCUUGAGCCUUAUGUCGAGGUUCUUGGGCUUGUCGUACAGGGUGUCACAGAGUAUGCCGCCAUGGUCUGGAGAUCUCUGUCGCUGUUACUCAAGAUGGCAAGCCCAUUCCCAGGCCUGUUACACAGGCUGAGUGAGCUAUUGCAAGAAGUGUCGACAUGCAUUCCACCAUAUCGAAACCUUCUAGAACUCUUGAGAACGAACGAAUCCCUGUAUCGACGGUUGAUUUCAAGUGACAAGCUGAGACGGUCGCUGCAGGGGCUGUACCGUGAUCUUCUGGGCCUUUUUGGUAACAUAGGCAGAGUGUUUACUCAGAGGACCGCAAGGUUAACCAAUGUGCCUUCGAAUGCGUGUUUCCUUCCUUUCGACUCUCGGUUUGACGAUUUUCUCAGGAACCUCUCUGACUACGCCAGAGAUUUGGACCCGGUCGUGCUUCAGCUGUCACAGGACGAUGUACAAGCUUCACAUGGCAGUCGUGAAGGGGUUCGAAUCCGUGAAAGGCCGCUUCUUGAACCAAAGUCUGUGGGACUCGACCGAGAUAGCACAGGUGACCUGAUCGCUCGCAUCAGAGCCUGGUUGCAUCCGCCGUCCCAUGACGACUGCUUUAAAAGAGCUGAUUCUCUUCGACAACCCGGCACGGCAGACUGGCUAUUCAAGGAGCAAGCGUACAAAUCCUGGUUAAAUUCCUCUCCAGAUACCAAAUCUGUGCUCUUGGUCAAAGGGCGUUGCGGAACCGGUAAGACCGUCCUCGCCGCUGCCACAGUCGUCGACCUUCGAACGCUAGUCCACUCAAAGAAUUCGGGCUCCAAAUUCCUCUCCUACUAUUUCUUUGAUCCAGACACGCCGGAGUGUAACUCCAUUCGCAAAGCCUAUGCAUCCUUGUUGGCACAAGUUCUGGAUGGGUGCUCUGAAAUUCCGCAGCCCGACAUCCUCAAUCUGUUCAGCUAUGCCAUUACUCGAUGGACUCCGGAAAAAGACUGCGCUACGCUCGAGGACCUCGCUGAUAUCAUCAAACUGUUGAAGCCACUGUUGACCCAAUGGUACAUUGUCCUAGACGCUGUGGAUGAGUGCGUCAGUUCCGCGGAGGUUCUAUCAUGUCUCUUGGAUCCAGAGUCGACUCACAGGCCUCGGCUACUGCUAUUCGCUAGACGAGAGGCCCGCUAUUUUCACAAAAAUCAAGUCACAGUAAACACAAUCGCUGUGACGCCCAAGCUCGUGGACGCCGAUCUGCGUACCUUUUUCCGGUACCAUCUCGACGAGAUGCGUUCCUCAGGUCUCUUGGACUGCCACGCAGACCUGCCCGAGCUGGUGAACCACCUUGUCCUGGGCGCCAAUGGUGCGUUCCUAUGGGCACAUCUCAUGGCUAGUUACUUGAAGGUAGUGGUGCCGCGAGCGUUGACCCAGGCAACAAUAAGUGCCCUGAGAAAGCCUGAGAAGCUCACCGAUAUGUAUAUGCGCAUGCUUACUACCCUUGCAGAGAAGCCAUAUGUAGAGCGGCUCUUUGCGAGGCAUAUGUUUAUGUGGGUUUUCUGCUGCAAAGGCGUCACCCGCCUUGAUUACUUUGAGGACCUCCUUCAGACGCUAUGGCGAGGAAGGUGUUUGAACCUCACUCCCGAAGAUCACGAAGUCGGUUCCCCUAUAUUCGCAAACUUUGAAGGGAGCAUCAUCAGGGCGUGUCUCGGCCUAGUCGAGGUGAGGUGGGCAGACGGCCAUCAAGCUAAGGUCUGUCGCUCUGCAAGGGGCUUUUCCCAUGGAGUCUUGAAGAAGUGUCGGGCAGGAGUCGCUGCAUACUUCUAUUUCUCAUCCUUCGAGGGUGAGUCCGAGCUGUUGAGAUGUUGUUUCCUCUAUCGUGAGGCCCAGAAACAUCACCAAUUGCUGUCUGGAGGCGCCUCCGAGGCCGCGCCCGGCCUGGGGUUGGACGAUACUCGACGAUUUCUGCGGUAUGCUACCGUAGUUUGGACGAAGCACCUGGCCCAUCCGCAGAAUGACGCGUUGGAGACGCUUUCUGACGUUUUGCGAACGAUAUGGAAGUUCUUCGGAGAUGGUGAUAACAGGGUGGCCUGGAUCAACGCUCUAAAGAGGUACAAGGCAAAUUGGACGGAGAUUCAAGACGACCUGAAGAACUGGAUUACGGAAGUGCAGAGUUCGUGCUUUGGCCAGGAUCCAGAAGUCCAGCAGAAGGUACAACUCGUGCAUUUUCUGGUCAAGGACCUCGAUCUGAUCCCUCACCAUGGAAACAUCCAAACCUCCAGGAACAGUCUUCCCCUUGCGCCGCAAAGCCUUCUGGCGGCGACGGCCGUCCUGCAACUAGAGCCCCCGUCAAAGCCAGAGACGCUGUCGACUCGGGCCCCGACCCCGAGGUUGCAAAUAUUCCGCAGGAACGGCAGCGGAGACACAUCUGCGACACUGGAAAUCUUGCAACGAGUCAGCAGGGCAACUCGGGACGGCUCGAUUGCUGGUACCUCCAUUGCACCGCAUCUUGAAUGGUUUGCUCGAUACCAAAUAUUUGCCACAGGGUCUGGCGAGCCUAUUCUCAAAGGAAGCUGGGACUUCCUUCUAAAUGAGCUGGAGGUCACAUCCCAUAUUUCCAGACUUUGCCAGGGAUCUGUUGGCGCUGCAUCGACAGAGACGUUUCCUAUGAGCAUUGGUCAAAAUCUCGAUCUCCUCACUGUCUUCGAUACUGUUUACAUUCGCACAAAUCACCGGGGCUGGGUGUCCAAGCGCCUCCCCAACAGCUGUGGCGAAAGGUCUUUCUCGGUUCUGCAAUCAAGGGAUAGCGCAGGGGGCACGAAGCACUGCCACAAAGUGUUCACGACCGUGCGGCCAGCGAGGUCCCGGAUCUUCGUCCAUAAUGACCUCGUCAUAUAUCAGGGCAUUUCAAAGAGCAACUAUGACUGGGGGUCGGGCCUCUGCGGCCGUGAUUUUGAGAACGAAUGUUGCUUCAUGGUGAUUUUCAAGAUCGAGCGUGGAGCGGGCGAUGUCGACAUCAAGGCGGUCGCCACUCUGGACGGCACGGACUUUGCAAACGUGUUCGACAGCUGUGUCUUCCACCCGACACUACCUUUGGUGGCACUCAUCUUGCACAAGGGCUCCUUUUACCAGCGCGCCGCGCUCUGGAGCUUUGCCAGUCCGAGUCCAGUCAAAAACUUGGACGUCAACUUUGUGACGCUGUCAGACUUCCAGAGGGACGCCGGCGCAACCGACACCCACAUGCAGGCAGAUUGCAGCCCAGCGGCACGAGUCUGGUUUUCAGAAUGCGGCACCCAGUUGCGAGUCGAACGCUUCCCCGACUUCCACCAAGGGAAUUUCGACCUCCGAGAGAGCCCUGCGUACCACGCGGCGGUGGGCGAGCACGAAAGGUCGCUAGGAUACAGAGCCAAAAUAACGAUCGGACAACUCUCGCCGUGCUUGGGGGUUGCACCAAGCUCGGACCCGGACUCAGCUUUCGUUGCCCUUGGAAAUGUAGCCGCCACCACAACUGGUGCAGCCAGACGGGCCUGUCGGGCAGCGAGGGCUGAGUACCGGCCUGAUCAACCAAGGCGAGAAUUCUGGCGGGAAACCAAUGGGACCAGAUUGUAUGACAUGAAUAUGGAUAUGAACAUGGAUAUGAACAUGGACAUGGACAUGAAUGACGGACGAUAUGAUCGGGAUUGA